ACUCUCCUUGCAACAUGGUUCCCUCUCUCUCCUGUUCUCUCUCCCUUUUCUCUCCCUCUCUCUCCCACCUCACAUUUUGCCAGUACCAGAACUCUGGCAACCAACUAGAGCAUUGUGUCUGCUUGGCGAAGAGAGUGAGCGAGGGAAGGUAUAGACAGGACAGUGAAAGACAUGACAUAUGGACAGGGGGGAUGGAUGGCGGAGACCUGCACCAUACAUCGCCACGCUUUGACUUCUUUCAAAGGAGCAACAACUCCCCAACAAAAAAACAAAUAUGUACGUGUUUACUGUUUUUUGGCCUCCGUCUGACUCAAACGUCUUUGCAACUGCUUUUUUUCAAUUUAUAAUUAUUUAUAAUUUUUCAAGGGACUCACCAGAGUAUAAGGAGUGUUUCUAGCAGUGACAGUUUGUCACAGUUUGACUCAAGGUCUGACACCAGAAAUUGACAAGCAGACGCUGACAGGUUGCAGUGCGUUGUGAGCGAUCUGAAAGGGGAGGGAGAGAGAGGACAUUAAGCACUGAGCAGAUACAACACAUGCGUUCACAGAUCACUUGAACUCUGACGGAUUAUGCAUGACAGACAGACGAGCCACGCUGGAUGUCAUAAUGUAUCUUCUCUUUGAUAUGAAUCCAAUCUCCAGCAAACUGGGACGUUUUGAAUCCAUAAAAGGAUUUUGACUCACAUCUUAAAAAUACACACAGACAGCUAGACGAACAGACUCAUUAAGAACAGCCACUGGAGACUCAUUGAAAACCUAGAAUUUGCUUCUCAGGAUGCUCUGUAAGAAAAGCACAGACAUCCAGAUCACAUCAAACUGCAACAGCUGCCUUUGCUGCGUGCUGUACCCAGAGACACUAGCACUAUGUUCCACUGAGUAAAUGAAUACAAGCUUGCUCUUACUUUACAAUUAGAGUUUCACAACAGCCCAUAGAGGCAGGAAUAAUGGGUUAUAAGCAUGUAAGAAUUUAAAAUUUAGUUCUCUCCAGAUCUGAAUCAAGCAUGUAAACAAGGAAGAUGUCAUAUGCUGUGGAAAAAUUUGGGGUACUGAGCUGAAGAAAAUAAAACUGACAAGCGAAGGAUCAGAGGGGUGGUCUGCCAAAAGUAUAAGAGCAGAACAAAACCUACAUUUCACGUGCAUCAGAGAAACACAAAUAUAGCAAAAUCUGCAGAAUAAAAAAUAAAACAAAGAAAGGAAAAAAGUAAUAUGAUUUAAAAUACUUAAACACAGCCACAAGAGGCUUAAAGGGCUCUUUAAGACUAUCUUUGAGAGGUAGACAUGGACAUAUUAGUCUUCAAAGUCACAUAAAGACACCACAGGCCUAAGAGACACACUGGGCAGCCAAGAGGUUGGUGGUGACGGCGUUUCCCCCAGACUAUACAACCAUGAUGGAGAAGAUGAACACCACUGGCCCACCUGCCUCGCCUCAUGAGCUACCUCGCCCAGCUUCCUCCUCCUCCUCCUCUUCCUCCUCUCCCUCGUCCCCCUCCAGUGUAUCUGUGGAGCAGCACAGUCCCCUCCAGAGCCAGUCUUUAAGUAGCCCACAUCCAACUAACAAGGCAGGGCACAAGGGACACACGGACACCCCUACCGCUGGCUUGAUUCAGUCCCCCAUCACCCCAACAAAGGUGUUAACCAAUCACCAAGCAGACAAGUCCACUGCACCUGAGCCCAUCGUCAUGGAGAUGGAGGAAGAAGAGGAGGAGGAAAAACUAGGGGGGCCAAAGAGCACCACCGACCCCGCUGCUUCAACCAGUGAGUCUCCAACUCUUUCUUCUCCACCUCCACUCCUCCCAGCGCCAGCCAAGACUUCCCCAUGUGCUCUACCUCCUACAAGCUCCGCUGCAGGCUUCCCUUCAUCCUCAUCAUCCUCUCCCCUUCCUCCCAAUAUUCCAGUCAUCAGCCUCGGUCACAGUAAGCCCCCUCUCCCGCUCUUGAGCACCCCUUUGACUACCCUCCAUCCAAUUCCCAACCUCCUACACGGGUCCCAUGGGGAUGUUCGUCGAAGUCAGCUGCCCUGUUUACCUGUGGUCGGGCCUGUAGCUUCUGGGUCUUCUGGAGGUCCUGGAGUCCCCUCGGCUGUCUCUCCAGGUCGCAUGUUGGCUCAGCAGUACCUGCCUGCACACCCUUUCUUCACUGGUUCCUACCUGGGCCCUUCUGGAGGAAGCUAUGGGGUCAUCAACAACAAUCGGAUCAAGAGGAGACCCUCAUCACACUUUGAGAUGGAGAUUAAUGAAUCAGGCCCUCCUCAGAAGCUUGCCCGUCGUGUCUUUACCAACAGCCGCGAGCGCUGGCGACAGCAGAAUGUGAAUGGGGCUUUUUCAGAGCUGAGAAAACUCAUUCCAACACACCCUCCAGACAAGAAGCUCAGCAAGAAUGAAAUUCUGCGCCUGGCUGUAAAGUACAUAAACUUCUUGGUCACGCUGCUCAAUGACCAGGUCCAGGACAAGAGCAGGGAUUCUGCUGAGGGAGAAGCCGAGGAUGAGAGCACUUCAUCUGGGUUGGACAGCAGCAAACUGAACCCUCUUUUCCAGGACGCCACUCCUCCUCCAUCUCAUUCUGACCUGCCAGCAUCAGCACAGCCCUCUAUGGCAACCACCCGCAGAGAGAGAGACUCAACUGACUCAGUCAUUGCCCUGGCUAACUCCCCGGCAAUGUCCAGUUGCUAUGGAGACACAGACAGUGAGGAAAGCUUCGGGGCUAAGGCCUCUUUGGUGACACAUGGCAUUCUGGGAAAGGUCAAAGGUCAGAUCAGGAUGGUGGCAGCCACAAAUGACGAGCGGUGACGCCAAAAGACAAAACAAAGCGAUGCGCAGCCACUGGGGAGUUUAAAUGUCACAGUGAUGGACAUCAGCCACAAGAUCCCAACAUAUGGUUCUUGCUUUAGUCACCUAGUGCUUGAAGAACUAUUUCCAAAUAGUGUGAAUAAAAAAAGGAGUUUUGGGUAUUUUAAGAUUUUGUGUCUUUUCCAGAAUAGUGGAAACACUGAGCUAGUAAAACACCAAACUGUGCUUUGGAACAAGUUAUGAGACAAGUCAUGAGACUUCACAGCACAUUCAAACUAACGUAGCAGGGUUUUCUACCCAAAUAUGGUCACAAUGAUACAGAGCAGGGCCUUGAAAGUCUAAUAAGACUGUCUCAUGGAUUAAUAAAUAUAUCUACAAAUGUUGUGUGUCCAGGAAAUUCAGUACAUAGUGAAUGCCACCCUGCACCCUGCAGACCUACAGUAUGAAAACAUUACACCUGUCCCUAAAGGGAUAAAAAUACAACAUUUUGUUCCAGUCUUGUCAAAGUUUACAUGUGAAUAGUCAAAAUUGCCUCAGCACAGUCAAGGUAACUCAGAGUGCAACAUACUUCACUGUGCUUGCUGAAAAAUGCAUGGCGGGUAUUCAUGAUUCAGCGUUGCCAUUUUUAAUGUUCCUCCUGUUAUUGUCAGAGAAGCAGGGCUGAUGGCCCCACCCUGACAUUGUGACACACUUGUACCAGACAGAAAUAAAGUGUGUUUUAGUUUGCUGUUCCUUA